CAUUUACGAUAACUUCAUCAGGACCUGUGCUGCUUGUGUAGUAUUUGUGAGUAGUUGCAUCUUUACAUUUCUUUGUCAUGGUUCCUCCCCUCACAGACGCUAUAGAAGUAUCUGGAUACAUGGCCAAGAGACGGACUUGAGAGACGGCCGUCUCUGUAUCCCAAAGGGCACAUUCAUGCUUGAACAGAAAAGGACGAUCCCCAAACUGUGGGAAGAAUAGAACUGUACAACGCGUCUUGGUAAAAUGAAGGAUUUAAGGGGUUCUCAAAGUAUGGCACAAUGAGCCUCCUUUCAGAAAACAAUAUGGUUGAGGCCUCCCUGACUCCCCAAGUUUGUUUUUUUUCCUCAAAAUCUUCUUGCGCUUCCCAGUGGCGGCCCUACCUGAAAACCAGACAGAACAUGAAGAUAUGGACGUGACGCUUUUUUACAGUUGACUGGAUUUGCCUUUGAGAAGUUUAAUGGCUACAACAGAAAGCAAGACUGCUGGAAGCGCCGCCGCCAGCUUGUCAUGGGCAAGGAUCUGCAAGGAGUGCGGGCAGCAGCACGAGGGCCAGGAAAGCCACCUGUACGAGUACCCCGAUGAUGUGGACGACGAGCUGGUGUGCCACAUCUGCCUGCAGCCCCUCAUCAAACCCAUGGACACCCCCUGCGGCCACACGUACUGCUUCCACUGUCUGGGCAGCUUCUUGAAAGAGCAAGACUUUUGCCCCGUGGAUCGCCAGCGGCUGCAGCUGCACCAGUGUCGCCCCUCCAGCCUGCUGGUCAGGAAUCUGCUGGACAAGCUGACUGUCAUGUGUCCUCACUCCGCGGAGUGCCAACAGCAGAUGCAACGCUGUGAACUUCAGCCUCAUCUGCACAAUAGAUGUCCUGCUUUCAGGAGACUGCGGGAGGAAGCAGAGAAGAGGAAGAGGCCCUCAUGGAAUGAACUGAAGGGGCGUAAGGGCGACUGCGAGUUGUCUGCUGCUGACGCGAAACAUUCGGAAACUCCGCCACGCAGCACCACCCGAGACCAGCCCGAUCCCGGACUCAUUAACCCCGCCUAUGAAGAAAGCGAGGAGGACAACACGCCACUGCGCUCCAGCCUGGUGGCCGAGUCCAACGUGGUGGAGCUCUUCAGAGAGGAGGCCGACGAAGAGCUGGGCCUGCGCAUCGUGGGGGGCAAAGACACGCCCCUGGGCAACAUCGUCAUCCAGGAGAUUCUCCGCGACUCGCAAGCGGGCCGCGAUGGCCGUCUGGCACCUGGCGACCACAUCUUAGAGGUGAAUGACAUAAGCUUGGCAUCCAUCCCUCACGCCCGGGCCAUCGCUGUGCUGCGCCAGCCCGCCCUCCUCAGGCUCACCGUCAUGCAGGAGAAAGGCUUCAAACCCAGGGAGCUGCGCUCUGAUCAUCACUCUCCCUCGUCCACCACAGCGCCCUUGCACAGCGUCCACGGCAACGUUACCGCCGCCCACAACCCCGGCACGGUGCUGCAGGUGACGCUAAUCAAGAGUCAGCGCGCCGAGCCCCUGGGCAUAAAACUGAUACGCAAAUCAGACGAGAGCGGCGUCUUCAUCCUGGACCUGCUCUCUGGGGGACUUGCGGCCAAGGACGGCAAGCUGAAGAACAAUGACAAAGUGUUGGCCAUCAACGGACACGACCUGAGGCACGGUACACCUGAAAGCGCCGCCCAGAUCAUACAGGCCAGCGAGAUGCGUGUCAACUUUGUGGUUAUGAGGCCGGCAGACCCGACUGAGGAGGGCGAACCGCAGGGCCGGGCAGCAAGGAGGGUGCCCGAGCCGCAGUACUUCAGGCGACGCUCCACCUACAUGAAGGACCCUCCUGGUGGUUUUUCCAGUCAGGAGAAGACGGUGAGCCUAAAGAAGGAGCCUCGUCUCUCCCUGGGAAUCACCAUCGCUGGAGGGAGAGACUGUCGCAGUCGCCUUCCUGUCUACAUCACCAGCGUGCAGCCUGUUGGAUGUCUGCACCGAGACGGCACCAUCAAAAGAGGUGACGUUCUGCUGAGCAUCAAUGGCGUGGACCUGACCCAGCUGACGUACGGCGAGGCCGUCUCCACCCUGAAGUCGCAGGCGGCGCAGCCCCAGGUGGCGCUACGUGUCAUUCAGACCAUUUCUCAAGACUCCCAAGAAGACGCCGAGGGCACGGGCGGCGACAAAGCAGACGAGGGCACUCGGGAGGACGCCCUCAACUGGACGCCGAUGUGGACAAGAUGGCUGGGCUUACCCAGUCACAUGCACUGGUGUCGGGACAUCGUCCUUCAGAAGAGCAACAACGAGAGCUGGGGCUUCAGCAUUGUUGGAGGCUACGAGGAGAGUCGCGGCCAGCAGCCUUUCUUCAUCAAGACCAUCGUGCCAGGCACGCCCGCUCACUUUGACGGGCGCCUCAAGUGCGGCGACGAGAUCGUGGCGGUGAACGGAGCCACGACGGUGGGGAUGAACAACUCGUCACUCAUCCCCAUGCUGAAGCUGCAGAAGAAUAAAGUCACACUGACCGUGGUUUCCUGGCCGGGGAGUCUGGUGUAGCCCCGCCCACACAGAAAGAGCAGAGAACUUGGACACGUGGGAUCCCAGCGCGUGCGUGAAUGACUUUGGGUUUGAUGCGAUGGCGAUCCAACUCUUUUCAAUUGUGCUUCAUUAUUUGUGACAAAUUCUUCAUCCUUUUCUGGGCCUCACUUGUAUUUUGGGGUGUUUUGCAGCCGGGACUGUUAUGAUGAAGGAUUGAAGGUGGCUGCUCGUGACCAAAUAAUAAUAAUAAUAAUAAUGAUGAUGAUGACGGUGAUGUCCAUAUAGACCAAAGUAUCCACUUUUACUGCACUUUUUCAAACUGGAUGCCUUUUUAGAAAGUUCCUCAUGAUGCAAAACAUUUCUAUUUAUUUGCAUUUAUAUCAGCACUCUGACAGCUAAGAACGUAUAUUUGCCCUUCAUCCUAGCCUAAACGUCAUCCCUGCUGUAAUGUUUCUUAGGCUGAGCGGCAGCAUUCGUGCACAUCGCUGCUGUCAUGUUGACGUUUGUCAUCCCUUUCAAUAAAGUCAAAGCACUA